AUGCAUUGUGACAAUAUCCAAAGUCAUUGAAAGUCAUGACAGUUACGUCUACCUUCUUCAAUUAAGACUCUUACCUACUUCAAUUACAUCUUACAGGAAUGCAAUUGGCUAAAGCUUAUUGAAUUUCUGUUUAUGGAUUUUUAAAAGCAACUUUCAAAGACAAGAAAGCUACGCCUCCAACAGUUCAACCGUCAAGUUCUUGUUUGGUGUUUGACUGAUGAGAUCUUAGGUUCUCAGUGAUCUCAAAUGUGUGCAGCAGAGGCUGUAUUUUUGUGCUUUCUUUCUUGUGUCAAAGAAAGAGGGGAGGGAAUUUGGGUUGGGGUGUGGGGGAGGAGGGAAUCUCUUCCACAUCCAUGUAGUCAAGAAAUUGGGGCUAGUCUUAUAUGGGCUUCUUAAGGUGGAGGCAGGAAGCAUUUCAAUGACUUCUAGAGACUGAUGCAAGGAGUGAUCUCAUCAGUUUUUUGUCAACAGAAAAUGAUGCGUUCAAAGGUCAGAGGGGCACCUCCAUGGGUUAAAUUUAGUAAUAAAGGUAGGAAUGUAUGUCAAGUUCUUGUUUGGUGUUUGACUGAUGAGAUCUUAGGUUCUCAGUGAUCUCAAAUGUGUGCAGCAGAGGCUGUAUUUUUGUGCUUUCUUUCUUGUGUCAAAGAAAGAGGGGAGGGAAUUUGGGUUGGGGUGUGGGGGAGGAGGGAAUCUCUUCCACAUCCAUGUAGUCAAGAAAUUGGGGCUAGUCUUAUAUGGGCUUCUUAAGGUGGAGGCAGGAAGCAUUUCAAUGACUUCUAGAGACUGAUGCAAGGAGUGAUCUCAUCAGUUUUUUGUCAAAAGAAAAUGAUGCGUUCAAAGGUCAGAGGGGCACCUCCAUGGGUUAAAUUUAGUAAUAAAGGUAGGAAUGUAUGAUUGAAACUUGAGUGAUACCCCAAUUCCAAACCUUGUCAAGAUGAUCUCUGCCAUCUCGACAACUUUCAUAGCUUUUGCUCCGGAGAAGAGAAGCUCUUCCAUCAAAUCUUUUUCCCAGGGUACUAUUCGAAUGGCUCGUUCAGGACUGGAUCAGAUAUCAGCAACCGGUGCUUUCGAUCGUAGUCCAUCAACGUUCCGGAAUUUUAUCUCCAAGGAUCCAUCCUCUACAUUUCCUGCGGAAUCUGGGAGAUACCAUCUAUACAUAUCAUAUGCUUGUCCCUGGGCAUCAAGAUGCAUUGCUUAUAUAAAUGUGAAGGGACUUCAGAAAGCCAUCAAUGUCACAUCAGUCCAACCCAAAUGGGGAAGAACAAAGGACACUGAUGAUCAUAUGGGAUGGGUCUUUCCUUCAAACACAGAACAAGAAGGCGCUGAACCUGACCCAUUGAAUGGAGCAAAAAGUAUCAGAGAUCUCUAUGAGCUUGCUAGCACAAACUACUCUGGAAAAUACAGUGUUCCUGUUUUGUGGGAUAAGAAAUUUGAAACAAUUGUGAACAACGAGAGUUCUGAGAUACUCCGUAUGCUGAAUACUGAAUUCAAUGAUAUAGCAGAGAAUGCAAGUUUAGACCUUUAUCCUCCUCACUUACAAUCUCAAAUUGAUGAGGUUAAUGAUUGGGUAUAUGAUGGGAUAAACAAUGGUGUUUAUAAGUGUGGUUUUGCUACCAAGCAAGCAGCCUACGACGAGGCUGUGGAAAAAUUAUAUGAAGCUUUGGAUAAAUGUGAGGAGAUUCUCAGCAAGCAGCGAUAUUUAUGUGGGAACGCACUUACUGAAGCUGACAUUCGGUUGUUUGUCACUCUCAUAAGAUUUGAUGAGGUUUAUACUGUUCACUUCAAAUGCAACAAAAAGCAGCUACAUGAAUACCCAAAUCUGUUCAAUUACACCAAAGAUAUUUUUCAAAUUCCAGGCAUGAGUACUACUGUUAACAUGGAGCACAUCAAGCGACACUACUACGGAAGUCAUCCUAAUAUUAACCGAUAUGGUAUAAUUCCUGUUGGUCCUAAUAUAGAUUAUACUACUCCACAUGAUCGAGACAGAUUCUCUACUUAAUGUAUUUGUGUUUCUUGUUGUAAUUAUUUGAGUCCAGAAGUUUUGUUUUUUUUGUUUUUCUUUGUUAUUUGGAAAUAAAGACAGUAAGAAGAGGCCUUGUGACAUGCCAAUACUGUGUUGUAAACUUUAUCUUUGUUCUCUCUUUGGUGGAAAUGAAGUAACCUAUCUAGUAUUACACAGA